GCGAGAAGGGGAGGAGGAGGAGGAGGAGAGGCAGCGAGGGCGCACGGGCGGGGGGAGCCGUAUGCUUGUAUACAACAACCCCCCGAUUUCCAUUUUUUUCCCAACUCGUAAUGUAUUUAAUUCAAGUGAAACGUAAUCAUGACGUGUCGUGUCAUUAAUCUCCUCGCCGCCUCUCCCAAGACUGUUGGAGGUGGUCUGGGGAACUGGACUCAGCGCUACGUCGGCCUUUCCCGUCUCUGCAGAGCAGCUGGAGCAUGGAACAAAAACUGUACUGAUCCCUCAAAGCCCAUCCACAGACCCUCAAGCGCUCCAUGGAGUCCAUCUUAAGAACCCCUGCUGUAAUUGAAGCACUCAGGUUCAAAUCCCUGCUCCCACUGUAAUAGGCGUAAACAAGAGCAUGGAUUCACCCCCAGAAUCUGUCCUGGCUCUCUCCUGUGAGCCCCUCCCAGCAUCCCCUGCGCUUCCCUCCUUGGACCACAGUCCCCUCAACUUGCACCGUUGCUCCUCUCCAAGUUUCCAGCUUCCCACGUUCCCAUGUGAGGAGGAGGAUGACGAUGAUGAGGAGAGUGAGGAAAAGGAGAUUUCGGUUCCUCCGUCUCCCACCCCUGCGGUUGCGCUCUUCCCAGGGGGGCAAGAGGCACACAGCCCCUCCCCAGACAACAGUCCCCCAGAGCUACGCCUGGACCAAGCACCGCUGAGGGAGGCGCUUCCCGGAUUCGGGGCACUGGAGCUGGCGCUCUCUUCCACUCAAGACCCGAGCUGCAGUGACGAGCUAGACCUGCAGCUCUUUCACAACGGGCGGGAUGGUGGCGAAGGGAGAGGAGGCGACGCGGCAGUGGCACAACCGACACCCCCUGCUCUGAAGUUUCCCUGUAAGGUGUGCGGGAAACGGUUUCGCUUCAACAGCAUCUUGUCUCUACAUGCCCGUGCCCACACCUUGGAGCGGGAGCGUGCAUCGUUUUCCUGCCAGCAUUGUGGGUUCCGGGCUGCCAGUCGGGCCGCGGUGGCUGUGCACCUAAAGAGCCACCAGAUCCAGAACCGAGUGCCGGAGGUGCAGGAACAGAUCCUCAAGGAGGCCAUGCCGGUGACCUCGCCAGAUUCCGGCGAAACACCGUCCGCUCUCAGCCCGCUUUUCUUCACACCCCCCCUUUUGGAGGAGACUGCCCCUGUUGCUUCCUCUUCCACCGAGGAUCCGUCCUCCUCCGCUGCGGUUGCUUUCCGCUGCCACGCCUGCAAAGGCAAAUUCCGCACGGCGUCGGAGCUGUCGCGCCACGUGCGCAUCCUGCACAACCCUUACAAGUGCACCAUGUGCCCCUUCUCUGCCAGCGAGGAAGAGGACCUGGCCUCGCACCUGCAGGAGAGCCACCCCGCUCUGUCGCCGAUGGAGGUUGAGGACUCGCCGACCCCUGUGGCGUCCGCCUCAGCCCCGCCCCCUCCGCCUGCAUUCCGCUGCGAGACGUGCGGGCAGCGCUUCACCCAGUCCUGGUUCCUCAAGGGUCACAUGCGGAAGCACAAGGAUUCACUCGACCACAAGUGCCAGGUGUGCGGCCGCGGCUUCAAGGAGCCCUGGUUCCUCAAGAACCACAUGAAGGUGCACCUCAACAAGCUAGGACUUAAGGCCAGUGCAGGGAUGGCUCUGGGCAGCAAUGCUGUGGAAGAUCAAACCAAGGCUCCCCCUGGAGGCCAGGCCUUGGGCGCACUUUACUCCAGUAUUCAUAUGGCUGGAGGAGGAAGUAGUGUGAGUGGUACGGGUGGAGGAAGAAGGAGGACAGAAAGGGACACCCUGGCCAAGCUGGCUGCUGUGGGGGGAAGUGAGACCGGAGCCUCCGGUAAAGCAUCCCUGCUGGGCUACCUCGGCCUGCCAGGUGAUGGCACCGGUGCCAGUUGCAUGGAAAGGCUGCAAGCCGUGGCACAGGUAGCCGAGAUGGGUAGCGGAGGAGGCGCAGCUGGAGGGUUGGGGGACCAGGCGUCUAUGUGGCAUCUGAUGGCACGCAGCCUGGCUGCCGCUCAGCAGGCCCAGCAGCAACGGUCGAGACAGCACCCCCACAAGAGUUCUGUUGCUGGGGAGGCGGAGCAGGUGCGGGCCUACCUGGGCGGGCUCAUGACCCGGGACGAUCCUCCAGCCACCCCGUGGGAGUGCCCGGAUUGCGGCAAGCUCUUUCGCAGCCUGCAGCAGGCCGUGGCACACGCCCGAGUCCAUGCACAGAGGCCACAGAAGAGGGAGGAAGGCGGAAAGGGAAGCAGAGGAGUAGAAGGAGGAGGAAGAGGAGGUAACGAGUCGAGGAUGGAGAUGCCCAAGGCUGCUGGGAGUCAGCAGCAGGCAGCAGGAACGAGUACGGGAGCUGUAGCUGCUGGAGGAUAUCAUGCAAUGAUGUCUCAUUUCCAAGGUGAGAAUGGUGUCAGGGGGCUCUCGUCUGGCCAGCCCGUUGGCCCGAGAGAGCGGGUACGAGGCACAGGGAUGAAGGACUGCCCCUACUGUGGUAAAGCCUUCCGCUCCUCCCACCACUUGAAGGUGCACCUCCGAGUGCACACGGGGGAGAGACCGUAUAAGUGUCCCCAUUGUGACUAUGCUGGAACCCAGUCAGGCUCCCUGAAGUACCAUCUGCAGAGGCAUCAUCGGGAGCAGAGGAGCUCUGGUGGUGGAGGUAACUCCUCCAACACUGCUCCAAACCCCCAAAGUGUCACCUCGAUGCCUGGCAGCGGGGCUCUGCACGGCGAGCUCGCCUCCAAGCAGCACGGAUCAAAUUCCACCUCCCAGAGCUCUUUUGGGAGGAUCAAGUCCUCCAGACAAGGUCAGCAGUGUCAUUUUGGGUCUUCAGAGCGCAGGGAGAGGAAAGGUGGAAACUCCCAAGGAAAUGCUAUUAGAGGAAUGAAAGGAGAGGUGGAUGGCUUCCGCUAUCUCUCUGGGGCCAAGGCGGGGGUGUUCCCAGGGGGCACGGACCGCAGCAUGGGUGGGGAAUCGCCUCAGGCUAAGCUGCCUAAGGUUUCCCGUCGUAAGCCUCUCACUACCAGUCGUAUGGUCCCUGUGAAUGGCCAGAGUGGAAGAAAGGGGGGCCGUGGGCCACAGGACGGAUUUGAGCCCUUGGACCUUUCCCGCCGACCUUCUCCAGGCCAGGGGUGCGAGGAGAAUGGAGCUGGAGUGACCCUCAAUCAGUGCCUGUUCUGUCCUUUCCGCACUUCCUCUGCAGAGCUCAUGGCUAUGCACCUGCAGGUCAACCACACCAGCAAGUCUCGUCGCAAGAGGAGCUCCUCAGGAGAAACAUGGUCUCACAAUGAAGCCCCAAAACCUGGCCUUCACCCAGGCGUGGAUCCAGUAGCAUGGAGAUUCUGGAAGUCUUGGAGAGAUGACACACCCAUUGCUGAUGUUGACUGGGCUAGUAGUACAGCCAUGACACAUAAUGGUCUCCCCCAACAAGAGGUGGGACCCAGGACCUCCCUCAAGCCAACCCCUGACUCUAAACCUGACCAUUUGAUCACUGGAAACAUGGAGGAUGAUUGUAACGAGGAAGAGGAAGAAGUGGAGGAGGAUCUAGAGGAGGAAGAGCAAGAGGAGGAAGAGAUGGAAGAGAUGGAAGGAGACAGGGAGGCAGACAACAGUAGUUUAGAUGAUUCCCCGGGGCUUGAGAGAAGAAUAAUCCAUUGUUCAACUGUAGGGUUUCAGGAGGCUACCUCCAUGGCAGAGAGGAGCACUGGUGAAUAGCAGGAGAUGAGAUGCUGUAGGAAACAGAUAGGACAAAGGGGUCUACAUGGACAAGCAUGAGAGGAAAACAAUUUAAGCAGUCCAGUAGCAGAGGAAUACUGUGGUAUAGCCUUGUUCUCUGUUUCACUUUUUCUCCACACCAUCUGUGUGGUCACCCCAUCCUCCUCACCACCCCAGCAUGAACUGACAAAGAGUGAGGAUUCUUCUUCUUCUUCUUUUUUUUUUUUCUUUUUUUUUUACUACAGUUCCAUUGCUUCCGCUGGGGGGACAGUAUUCUAGAACCAGAUUCUUCCUUCUGAAGAAAAGUUGUCUUCUCGCUACGAUUAUACUUUUCUCUCGGCACACGCUUACAAUAACCCGAACAACCCAAAUUUUGAAUCGUGCCCUAUAGGUUAUCACCAGCUACUGAACUGUGGUAACUGGAAUCUGUCUGAACGCAACCACUUCUGUUGAUUUUGAAAAUAAUCAAACCUGAAUUUUUGAGGCCUUUUAUCUGCUUCGCUCAACUGAAGUUUAUGUUUCUCUCUCGGAGGGUUUUGUAUCAGUUGUAGUUGAGAAGAGGUGCCUUUAUCUGGAGGGAGAGUGAGAAUAAGGAAGAAAAUAUGAACAAAAGUACGAAAUGAAAGAUUCUUCUGUCAAAGCCACCAGUUAAAGGUCAGCAGUCAUAGCCCAGUGCGAAAUAGCUCAGUGCCGCUUAAAACCACCACGCUGAUCUGGAGAUAUCUUUCGUGAUGGAGAUGAACCGCUCACGCUCGGUUUCUACAAAAGUUGCGUUACACAACAGAACACGUUGCAGUAUGGGAGAUCAAACCUUCAAUGUACGCCAGAAGCACUUACUUAGUGUACCUCAGAAGACUGCCACGCUCCGAACUAGUUGUCUGUUACAGCAUCUCGCCAGCUUUUGAGCUAAAGUUACCAUAGUCAUUUCUAAGUCACGAGUACUUUACGUUUCUACAGCAGUAUCUUAAGUCGGACAGCGGCGGAGUUUGGAGGGCUCCUACACCUCUGAGUUUGUAUGGACCAAACCUGCUGUAGCUCAGGAGAAGCAGCCCUGUCUGUGAAACUCAGCAAGAAUUUAGAUGUGAAUACAUUCCACAGAGUCAAUCUAGAACCGGUUUUAUUAGUCACAAAGCUGCCUUCGGUGUUUCAAAAAGACUGGUGUCUUUAUUGCCACUGUAAGCCACUUGACUGCAAGGGAGUGUGUGUGUGUGGGCGCGUGCGUGUGCAUGAGUGUGUGUGCGUGUGUGUGUGUGUGUGUGUGUGUGUGUGUGUGUGUGUGAAGCUUGUUCACAUGCACUGAACAUUGAGCGAUCGGUCCUCUCUGUGUGAACCACUUGCGUUCUCCAGCCAGAGAGAUUGCUGUCCGGAGUUCAAGACAACAGUGCAAGAGAUCCAUCCGGAAGCUCAGAGCCUUCUCAUUUACCUGGACCGGCGUGGUGCUUGUCACCUGCCCGUGACCCGGGCGUGUCCGUUGCCAUCUGGUUUAAAGAGAUUUCCAGGUGUGAUUCAAGACCAAUGUGUGUUCAUUUAAAGAAAAAAAAAAGGAGAAUAGUGCCUGGUUAUAUGACAUAGAAAGGGUCAUAACUUUCAUAUAUUGCUAUAGCAAAUAGUAGCAGCUCUGUAAAUGAGAAGGUUACGUUGCAUUCUGUACCACAAGUCCCACUGGGACAAAAAUCGUAUGGCUGCAGCACAUGUCCAGUCACACUACUGUACAUAAUGCUAGCACCUAUUAAAAAUAUGUAAAAACAGAGGGAAUAUUUCCAUUUUUAUCAAAGUGCCAGUAUUUUUGAGGAGACAUUCUGACAGUUAUGGGUAUAAAGGUGCUGGUGACACCAGGUUGGAAUCUAUUCCAAUGAUGGAGCAUCUGCAAUGGGGAGAGAAAAAAAAAAAAAAAAAAGAAAAAAAACAAUAUGCUGCGGAUUGCUGGAAGCCCAGCGUUGGGCUCGGACUCAUAAUUCAUUUACCCAUACAUCCAUCUCAAGUUUCCAAGGACAGAAAAGGAGCAAAAAUGAGAAGCGGCACAAUUCAAGAGGAAUCGUUAAACGUUAUCGAAUACUCCGUCUUUUAGAUCAGUAGUUUAUUUUUUAAGUUAUGAAAAACACUAACAAAAGGAUAGAAAACCCAGUAGAAAAUGUGUAGCUUUUAUAAGGACAAAAAAGAGAAAAAAAAAAAAAAAAAACAUUAUCUGAGAGAAACAAAAAAAAAAACAUAAAGGAAAGGAAUAUUAAUAUUAGUAAUAAUAAUAAUUAUAACAGUUGUGAAAGAAGACUGGAAUGAAACGUAAAAUAGAUCACUGUGUGAAGGGUAUUUUCUCCCUAGUUUUUUCCUUGAGUACAACCAAACUUUUUGUUUUCUUUUUUUAUAUAUAUAUAUAUAUAUAUAAAUAUAUAUAUAUAUAUAUAAUAUGAAGUAACUUUGUGUUAUUGAACCUGUAGAGCUGCACCGUGAAUUGUGCCCCCAUCUCCUUUUAUCCCUGGUGGGGGUGGGGGUCUCCAUAUCCUGCUGCCUUGUUUUUUUUUUGUUUUUUUUUCCCAGUUGCAUCCGAUUUUAGUUCCUUCUUUUAUAUGUUUUAUGAAAACUGUACACUUCCAGUACAUGGGAAAAGUUGGCCUUUGACUUCCGCUGUCUUGUUGCCGGAUUGUCGGGAGCUCAGUUCAAGAAAAAAAAAUCAAAAUUUUGUGAAUUUGUACAGCACUUGCUUUGCCUUCUGGGGAUCCUUUUUCCAAACUGACUAAUGUCAUACUAGCCAGAGGGCUGAUUCUUGAAAGCACAUAAAUAUUCAGUGUUAAAACUUCCGGAGAGUUUCAAGAAUUUCAUCCAUAAUGUAGCUGGAGCUGUUUCGUGCUAUGACUUAAGACUCAUCAUUGAGCGUGAUGAUGCCGGGGGAGCCGAGCCUGGUCCGUUGUGUCGAGGGCAGGGGGCGGGGGGGGGGGGGGGGGGGGUGAUUCUCGCUGCGGCUUUACUGUGUCAGACUGUCCGUUAUAUUACGUUGUUAUUAGAGCACCUUAUGAGUUUCUCGGUCAAAGUGGUGGUUCUUAGAUUCAAUACCAUCGUGCCUUCUGUUUAAAGCACUUCCUGGAGUAUCACGUGAGCACCCAAAGCACUUAGUCUAUAUCACCUAAUUUCAAAUGCCUCUUUCCAUCCUCACUUUUCCAUUGGUCUUGUAUUUCUUUCUGUUUAUCCACUACAUAGACAUGUCUUCGUUUUUUUUUUUUCUUUUUUUUUUCCCCCUUCCUGCACCUAAUUGUGUCUAUGGGUCAGUCUACUUAACGAUGAUCUACUGCUUAAGUUUUAUAUGAAAUCAGAAUAUCUUAUUACAGACAGAUGAAGCUUUUAUAAUUGUAUCUGUGUAAUGGAAAUACAGCAUUGGUGGAUCUGGGCAUUUCAGCCUUUGCGUUCCACACCUCUCUCUAUCUGUGUCUCUCACAAACACCACAGGAAGGUGAUGUAAACUAACUGGUAUUGAGGCCUUUGUUUAGGUUUGUGUUAAUUUUCAAAUGUGACUUUUUAAAUUGAUGUUGAUGAGAUGGCAGUCCAUUGCUGUAUUGCUCUUCUUAUAAUUAUUAUUAUUAUUAUUUUUGGUAUAAUAAAAACAAAUGUGUCUGAUGAAUGUUGUACAGAUAGCACUAGAAACGUUGUGUUUUACUGAGACCACAAACCCAGCAGCUCUGCUUCUGUGCCCGACGAUGUUCUUUGCGGAAAAAUAAUGUACUGUUAAACAUGGUAAAUCCUAUGUAAAUUGCUACGAGCAAUUUAUAAGGUCUGUAAUAUUCUUCCAUGCCUCGAUAAUAGAAAUGAUUAAAUACAUAAGAAAAUAUCAUCCACUGCUAUUAUAUAUAUGCCGUUAUAUGAAAUAUUCCUUUGUUUAUUAAUAUGUUCGCAUGCUACUUUUUCGCAGAGGGGUUUCAGUGUAUUAAGGCACAAGUAGAGGGAGAGUCCGGCGCCCGGAUGGCCCUGUGUUUGUGUGUGUGCUGGUAAGUGCAGUAGGAAGGGCGCGCUGACGGGUGGGUUUGAGGUCUCGUGUAGUUGACUGCUAUUGCAGUGAGGGAGCUGAUCUAACAUGUAGUGACUAAUAUGAAAAUGUGGACAGAAAACAUUAGAGAAGAACCCAUUAAAGAGUUUUUAAAAGUU